GUGCUUCACCUCAGGGGGUCAUGACAACUCGUGGAUGUUUGCCUGGGCUCCAACCCUGUCACACCGAGAUUGUCAGUCAGUCGGGAGCAGGAGGUUGACUACAGAUGUUUUACACCAUGUCAGUAGUGACCAAUCAGCCUCUUCCCUUUGGACAACUGGAGCGAGAAAAGCACAUCCAGAUGGUCUUCCCAGCCUUCCAUAAAAGCUGCAGGCCUCCAUGUGAGUGCAGCACGGAGCCACACGGACCGAAACACCAGCAACAGCCUCCGGCCUUUGAAUGUGACGAGCAACUGCUGGGUCUGGCUCCUGAGAGGAGGAUGGAGAACGGAUACACGCAGCCACCUUGUAAAGUGAGCCAGCCAGGAGUGGAGGUGCAGGGGCCAGGAUGUGCGGCGGGGUCACACUUCAUGUCUGCGCUGGAAACCGUCAGUCAGAUACACGUCAUUGCCAGACCAGAGCUGCAAGGUCCGCAGUGUGUUCCCAAGAAGAUCUACAGCAUCACCGCAGGAAGCAGCCGAUCUCCAUUAUUCGUGGCUGUGGAAGAGAGUUCCUGUGUUUGUCUCCAGUGUUGCGGUCCAGCUCGGGCCUGUUCCCUGCAGGGCUUUGACUGUCAGGGUCGACAAGUAUUUUACUUUGAAAGACCCCUCAGGGUGGACGCCUGCUGCCUCGGCUGCUGCCUGAUGGAGAUGAGGGCCUACACACCUCAAAAACGUCUCUUUGGCACCGUAUGUCAGAGGUGGAGCAUGUUCACCCCUCUCCUGGAAGUGUGUGGGUCUGAAGAGGCCUCAACCAGAGUCAGAGUGCAGGGCUCCUGCUGUCCACAGCGCUGCUUCUCCAACCAGCAAUUCCAGAUUGUCUCCAACAUUGGGGAGAAACUGGGGACAAUAUGGAAGAAGUGGCCUGGGUUCAACGUCGAACGCAACAUGGAUCAUGAACAUUUUGGGUUGGAGGUGCCACUGAGUAUGGAAUCAGACACUAAGCUGCUGCUGCUGGCAGCCACCUUCUUGUUGAAUUAUAUGUUCUUUGAAAUGAGCUGAUCAAUCAACAGUAAAACUAAAAAUAUUGCUGAAAGCGGUCUACAAAAGUGAGGCGCACCGGACGCGUCAGCACGUUGGACCAAAC